UUAAAAAAAAAUUAUUCAAACAAAAUGAGUAUGUAUAGUUGGGGCUGCAAUGCUUAUAACCAACUAGGUUUCAAAAAUUUGCAAGAAAAAGAUGAAAAUGAACCCAUUGAUAAUACUUUUCCAACUCCGAUUUUGGUUAAUACCUCGUUUUGCAUUGAAAAAAUAAUAUGUGGCUGGAAUCAUACUUUGUUUCUAUCAGGGGGAUUAGUUUAUGCUAGUGGUUUGAACUAUGAUGGAGAGCUAGGCAUAUCUAAUGAAAACACAGAAGUUCCAGAGCGAAUUACCUGUCUUGCAACUAUUAUAACAGGAAGUUGUGGUGAUGGUUUUAGUAUUUUGUUGAAUGAGAGGGGUCAGGUUUACAGUUUUGGGAAAAAUCAUAAUGGCCAGCUUGGCCAAUCACAUGAAAUUCAAGUUUCUUCUGUUCCAAGAGUUAUUGGAGAAUUGCCUAUAAUAAGACAAGUGUCUUGUGGAAAGCAACACACAUUGGCAUUGUCUGCAGAUGGACAUGUGUUUAGUUGGGGUAGCAAUGAGUUUGGACAAGUUGGUAUCAAUUCAAAAUUUCAUAAAUAUGUUUCACCUCAGUUAGUAAGAGAUUUAUCUAAUUGCCCAAUAAUACAAAUCUGUGCUGGAGGUCAUCACAGUCUAGCUUUAACUAUUUCUGGUACAAUAUUUGCUUGGGGAAAAAACAGCUUUGGCCAACUUGGUUUAGGAGAUCAGCAAGAUAGAUUGUUUCCUACAAAAAUACAGUCAAUGAAUGGAAAACAUGUGCGUUAUAUUUCUUGUGGAGAAGAACACUCUGUUUUAUUGACAUCUGCUGGUCGGGUUUAUACUUUUGGUUGUGGUUCAUCAGGGCAGUUAGGGCAUAAUGAGUUUGAAGAUCAGUUCAUUCCAAAAAUGGUUGUUGAUCUGAUGGGAACACCAGUUACACAGAUUGCUUGUGGUCGCAAGCAUACACUUGCUCAUGUCAUGAAAGGAAAUAAGCUAUAUUCAUUUGGUUUAAAUGUCAAAGGUCAGUUAGGUAUUGGCUCCUACGAAAAAGCAAGAAUUCCUAUGUUGACAACUUGGUCACAAGACUCUUUUGAGCAUAACAUUGUACAAAUAAAUAAAAAAGAAAAUAUAAAUUGUUACUUUGAAGAAGAUUUUAAAGAAUAUGUGACAGACUUUCAGACUUAUAUAAAAGACUUAAAUAAAGAUGGUAAGUUAAUUAAGGAAAUAUUCUCUGGUGGUCUUCAGUCAUUUGCACUAGUAGAAACUGUUCAGAGUAAUAAACUUCCAGUAUGUCAUAGUUUGAUAAAACAAGAAGCAUUGGUAUUUUUAAAUCAAAGAAUUACAGAUGAUAUCAUGAGAGAUAUUAAAGAGGAAGCAAAAAAUAGUGAGCUUUUAAAGAGACAUCUUGAAAAUCUUGUUAUCAUCUUUUCAAGUCAAGCAUGUCUAAAUGCAUCAUUUUUAAAGAGAGAAAUCCAUGAAAAUACAUCAGCUAAGCAACACGGUUUGCAAUUGCUUUUAAUACGAUCAGCACUUAACAAACUAUGUUCUGUUAAUUCUGUGAACAAAGCUAUUAUUCAAGCAGUGACCACAAAACUUAUUCGUUCAUUAUUUUCAUCGCCAAAAGAUAUUGAGGCUAUGAGAGUUUUUUUAAUAAUUCCAGAGUUGCCCUUUUUUUUUAAUCCUGAAGAGAUUUUGACAGUUUUAGUUCCGUUUGCAGAUGCAAUGCUUUCUAUGCAAAAAUGUUCACAGUCUAUAUUAGUGGAGUGGUGGUCAUCACUUCCUGCUUCAUUUUUUGAGAGGCUUGUACAGUCUUUCAAGAAAUCAGUAGUAGAACUAUUAGAUCAUAAAUUGCCACCUACUGCAAACCAGACGGUUUUUAUGCUGCAUGCAGCAAUAAAAAGUUGUAUGAUGGUUUUAGAGAGGUUGAACCAGAUAAAUGAAGCUGAAAAUAAGAUUCCUUUCAAUGCAUUUUACAUUGAAGAUCUAACUGCUAAAAUACCUAUAAAAGACGACUUUCUGAACUGGCUACAAUAUCCUAAUGUUUUUGCAUUUUGCCAAUACCCAUUUAUAUUAGACAUCAAGAUAAAAGUUGAUCUUCUUAUGAUAGAGUCAGAGUUUCAAAGAAAUGCAGCUAUCGCUCAAACUUUGUUUUGUGCUGAAUCUAGUUUACUAAAUCCUAUUCUUAUAUUGGAUAUCAGAAGAUCACAUAUUGUAGAAGAUACCCUAAGUCAGAUACUAUCUUUAUCAACAAUCAAAUUAAAAAAACCUUUAAAGGUUCGGUUCCGUGGUGAGGAAGCAGAAGAUGCAGGUGGUGUUAAAAAAGAGUUUUUUUUGCUUCUUAUGAAAGAAAUCCUUGAUCCAAAAUAUGGAAUGUUUGAUUUCUACACAGAGUCUCAAGUGGUUUGGUUUAAACGUAAGUCAUUUGAAGAUGCAGACAUGUACAUGUUUGUUGGUAUGAUAUGUGGCUUGGCUAUCUACAAUUCCACAAUGAUUGAUUUUCCAUUUCCCCUCUGUCUUUAUAAAAAGCUUCUUAAAAAAAAAAUCAACUUAGAUGACUUUCGUGGUAUUCAACAUGAGGUUGCUAAAAAUCUUCAAUAUUUACUUGAUUAUGAUGGCGAUGAUUUUAAGGAUGUCUUUGAAAUGAAUUUUCAGAUUAUUGAAGAAUCAUUUGGGGAGUUAAUAAAAGUCAACUUGGUUCCCCACGGUGAAUCUAUUCCAAUAACAAUUGAUAACAGGGAGAUGUAUGUAAAUGCUUAUAUUGACUACAUGAUAAACACUUCAGUAGAAAAGCAGUAUCAAGCGUUUGCUGAAGGUUUCUUUAAAGUUUGUCGCAGUAAUGUGCUUAAUUUUUUUCAUCCUCAAGAGCUAAUGAAUAUGAUGGUUGGUUGUCAAGACUACGAUUGUAACGAACUGGAACGGGUAGCAGAAUAUAAAGGGGAGUAUUACAGACAACACCCGGUUAUAGAAAAUUUCUGGAAAGUGUUUUAUGAAUUUUCUCGGGAUAAAAAAAAGAAGUUUCUUGCUUUUCUAACAGGAAGUGACAAAGUAUCUAUAUUUGGUAUCAGAAAUAUGAAAUUUGUCAUACAGUCAGUUGCUGGUGGUGAUAAAGGAGACCAUUUGCCAGUUGCCCACACCUGCUUUAAUUUGCUUGACUUACCUAAAUAUCCAACUUACGAAAUAAUGAAGGAAAAACUAAACCAAGCUGUUGAAAACUAUGAAGGCUUCGGCCUCGUUUAACCAAGCUAUUAAAAAUUAAAUUAGCCAAGUUGUUGAAAUAUUUCUUGUUUAAAUGUAUGAUAAAAAGAUGAAUGAAAUAAAAUAGUUUUAUUAAAAUGAAAUAAAAAGUUUUUUUUAAGAAUUAGGGUUUAUGAUUUU